GCGUCCCCCGGCGGCGGCCAUGGCGGAUAGCGGCGGGAGCGGCCGGGGGCCUCCGUGCCCUGGGGCGGCCGCGGCGCUGCGGCGCUGGGAGCAGCUGAGGCGGCGGGUGGCGGCGGCGGCCCCGUGGGCCCGCGGGCUCCUGGCUGUGGCCGCCGGGCUCGGCCUCUUCUACGUGGUGCUGCGGGUGCCGCUGCGGCUCCGGGACAGCCUGGCGGCCGUGACUGUGUUCUUAAGCACUUUGACUCCAAAAUUCUACUUUGCCCUUACAGUGACUUCAUCUUUUAUAUCUGGACUGAUAUUUGUGUUUGAGUGGUGGCAUUUCCGAAAGUACGGCACAUCUUUCAUUGAGCAGGUUUCUGUGAGUCACCUGAGGCCCCUCAUUGGGGGGGCAGAAAACAGCCCUCCAGCACCAGCGGCAUUCUCUGCUGGAGAGAGUGAGACCAGCAGGCAGAACAUGCCAGAGUGCAAAGUGUGGCGAAAUCCUCUCAAUCUUUUCAGAGGGGCAGAGUACAGCAGGUACAUGUGGGUGACUGGGAAGGAGCCUCUUACCUACUACGACAUGAAUUUGUCUGCUCAGGAUCAUCAGAACUUUUUCACAUGUGAUACAGAUGCCCUUCGGCCUUCAGAUACAGUUAUGCAGAAAGCGUGGCGAGAGAGAAACCCUCAAGCUCGGAUCAAAGCAGCAUACCAAGCUUUAGAGUUGAACAAUGAUUGUGCCACUGCAUAUGUCCUCCUGGCUGAGGAAGAAGCAACAACUAUUGUGGAUGCUGAGAAGUAUUUCAAGCAGGCUCUGAAAGCAGGAGAAAUGAUUUACAGAAAGUCUCAGAACUGCCAUUCCCAAAGUCCGCAGCAUGAAGCACAGCUGAGAAGAGACACCAAUGUAUUGGUAUAUGUGAAAAGGAGACUGGCUAUGUGUGCCAGAAAACUUGGAAGAAUCCGAGAGGCAGUAAAAAUGAUGAGAGAUUUAAUGAAAGAGUUUCCACUUCUCAGCAUGCUGAAUAUUCAUGAAAACCUCCUGGAGGCACUGCUGGAGUUACAGGCCUAUGCAGAUGUCCAAGCAGUUUUAGCAAAGUAUGAUGAUAUCAGUCUCCCAAAGUCAGCAGCAAUAUGUUACACAGCAGCCCUGUUAAAAGCCAGAGCUGUUUCAGAAAGGUUCUCCCCAGAAACUGCUUCCAAAAGAGGGCUCAGUACAGCAGAAAUUAAUGCUGUGGAAGCAAUUCACAGAGCUGUGGAAUUUAACCCUCAUGUUCCAAAGUAUUUACUAGAAAUGAAAAGCUUGGUGCUACCUCCAGAGCAUAUUCUGAAGCGAGGGGACAGUGAGGCAGUAGCAUAUGCUUUUUUUCACCUCCAGCAUUGGAAGAGGAUAGAAGGGGCUCUAAAUCUGCUACACUGCACGUGGGAAGGCACAUUUAGGAUGAUCCCAUACCCAUUAGAGAAAGGUCAUCUGUUCUAUCCCUAUCCCAGUUGCACAGAAACAGCAGACAGAGAACUGUUGCCAACAUUUCACGAAGUCUCCGUUUACCCACAGAAGGAGCUCCCCUUUUUCAUCCAUUUCACAGCAGGCCUGUGUUCCUUUUCGGCGAUGCUUGCCCUCCUCACGCACCAGUUCCCUGAGCUGAUGGUCAUUUUUGCUAAAGCUUGCUCUGGGACUCUUCUUUCACCCCUCAACUCCAUUAUGGAAAACAUCAAGGUCUUCUUGCUGUCCAGUUUCUGGCAUCAGAUGACUCCAGUGUCACUGGAGAUGCUUUCCAUGAUUGUUCUCGUAAGCCUCACCCCAGGUGGUUACCUGACCCCUGCAUGUGUGGGGCAAGGAAGAAAGCUGUGCUCUUCAGACUCCUACCUUUGACAGGCUUCCAUGUUGGUAAUGGUGCUUAACUUACGAAUUCCUUCUUUGGCCUUAGUCUGUAAUCACCUAAGAAAACAGUUUUUGUUGAGCAGUACCUUAAUCAUACAAUUGGAAGCUGAUACUUCCUCUGUAAGAAAGGAGAGGACACAAAUGGAGCAGAUGUUUGGAGUAUUGACACUUCCUUCUCAGCUGCAGAUGCACCAGAUAAUUGGCUUAGAUUUAAUUUUAUAAGCCUUCUUCAAAAUAUUUGUUAACAGCAAAGUAUGGUUCUGCUUUCGUUAUUAAAAGGUUGCUUCUUAACACA